AUGGCCUCGCUCGCCCGACCGGCUCGAAAUGUCGUCGUCGGCAUCCGCAAAGAAGACCCCGCUCGCAUCUGGGAACGCCGCUGCCCUCUAACCCCCACCCACAUCUACAACCUCAGAAGGAAAGACGUAAAGGUAUUUGUAGAAAGAUGUCAGCGAAGGAUUUGGUCGGAGAAGGAGCUAGUUGAGGCCGGAGCGAAAAUUGUACCCUCUCUUGAGGAUGCGGACAUCGUACUUGGCAUCAAGGAGCCCCCGGUAGAGACCGUGCUCACGCGUCCGCCGUUCGACAAUCCACGAACACAUGUCAUGUUCUCCCACACCGCCAAAGGACAGCCGUACAAUACGGGCCUUCUCGCGAAGUUCCUCCCGAAAUACAACUUGAAGGAUGACCUCAAUGGGAUCAUGUCGCGAGCACCGAGACUUAUUGACUACGAACUCAUUAAGGACGAGGAAUCGGACAAGAGAGUGGUAGGCUUUGGAUGGUUUGCCGGUGUCGCGGGUGUUUUAGAGUCGCUUUCUUCGAUGGCACACUCGCACCUUGAGAUGGGCAUUGCCUCUCCCUUUCUGUACACCCCCCGACCGCACACACAGUCGUCACUCUCGGCCCUUCGAGCUUCACUCAAACAGAUAGGCAACACCAUCAAGGAGAAGGGGACUCCACCAGCGCUAGGUCCUGUAGUAAUCGGCUUAACAGGUAACGGGAACGUAUCCCAAGGGUGUAUAUCAAUGCUCCGCGAGCUCCCCAUACAAUAUGUUCAGCCCAAGGACUUACCGCGACUUGUCAGCGACACGAGGACUCCCCUUGACAGAAUUUACUUGGUCCAUGCCCUCCCCCACCACUAUAUCUCACGGCUAGAUGGCGCACCAUACGACCGAGAAGAUUAUUACAGGGCACCUCAGUCCUAUCGGUCCGAUUUCGCAGAGAAGAUUGCACCAUACUUGACUCUCCUUCUCAACGGUGCUGGGUGGCAAUCGUCCUUCCCAAGGCUGAUGACAACCAAACAACUUGAAGCAGCUUUAUUCCGUGCAAAUACUAUUGGUGGUGCACGGUUAUUGAAUAUCGGGGAUAUCAGUUGCGACUUGGGCGGCGGACUGGAGUUCAUGACCCGCUCUUCCACAAUUUCCGAGCCGUUCUAUAAGGUCCAGGUCAACCCUUCGUUGCCCGCCGUGCAGAUAAUGUCCGUCGAUAUUCUGCCGACUACAAUCCCCCUCGAUGCGUCAGAGCAUUUCGCUGAAGCGUUCUCGCCAUAUCUCAAUGCUUUGAUUGAACAAUACCAACAAUUCCCUUCCAACUCCAACAAAUGGCCUGAUAGCGACGACAAGUAUAUGAAAGCCCUUGAUCGCGCGACGAUAGCAAUGGACGGAGAGCUCACUUCCCCACACCUCUGGCUUCAGGACAAUGUAGCCAAGUGGAGAGCGGAGAAUCCGAGCGAGGCGCAGAAAUUGGCCGAUGACGCAUCGGGUAUAUUCUUGAUGUCUCUUUUCAAAGGAAACGGAAGAAACAGGGAGCAUGAGACCAAGGCUGCGGAAAAGCAGCAGGUUUACAAGCCGUUGAACGUGGGCAAGGCCGGCGUUACUGAUGUUACGAAUGCCGACAGAAGAGGAAAGAAGAAACGAAUGUUAAUGCUAGGGAGCGGGAUGGUUGCAGGGCCGGCUGUAGACGAGAUCGCAAGGCGCGCAGAUGUCGAGUUGUUAAUCGCCAGUAACUCACUUAGAGAGGUUGAAAAGCUCACUGAGCGCCAUCUCAAUGUGAAGUAUCGCAUCAUUGACAUGAAGGAUUUGAACACGGUUUCGGACUUGAUCAGUGAAUCCGACGUGAUUAUCAGCUUACUCCCCGCAUCGCUCCACCCUAAGGCUGCCAAACUUUGCAUCAAGCACAAGAAACACCUCGUCACCGCGUCGUACAUUAGCAGUGACAUGGCCCUUCUUAAUAUGAGUGCUAUUGACGCCGAUGUCCUCCUCCUCAACGAGAUUGGCUUGGAUCCUGGGAUCGACCACUGCUCUGCUAUAUCACUUAUCGAGCGCCUCAAAUCACAGGACAAAAUGAUCACGUCCUUUAUUUCCUUCUGCGGAGGACUUCCUGCACCCGACGUCCCCCAUGUUCCCUUCAGAUAUAAGUUCAGUUGGAGCCCUAGAGGCGUCUUGGCCGCCGCAUUGAAUAGUGCACAGUAUCGGUUAAACCACACGACAUAUAAUAUUACUGGUGAUAAUCUCUUGAAGACCUAUUUCCCCGACGUACCCAUCACAGACAAGUUCGAUCUUGAAGGCAUCGCGAACCGAGACAGUCUGACUUACCUAAAUACAUAUAAUCUCGAAGACGAACCUAUCCGAACCAUCCUUCGUGGUACACUCAGGCACGUACGACGUCUGCAUCUGUACCCCGGGUUCAGCAAAUUGAUGGACUCCUUCAAAUCCCUCGGCAUUCUUGAAACUAAUAGGCUGAUGUACCUCGAGAGGUGGUCGUCCUUGGUCCCACAAGCUCUUUCCAUGAAGCUUGGUGUCAAAUUCGGGACACUAGAUAUCCCAGGUGCCAUCAAAACUCUUGUAGGCGAAUCCCAGGCUCGGGAACUCUUCGAUGCCCUCCGAUGGCUAGGUCUUCUCCCCUCAAUAGAUGCGUCGGCCCCCAUCCAGUCUUUCCCGCCCAUGCCCAGAGAGAAGCUCGCCCCGAUAGACCUCUUUAGCAUCCUCCUCGCCCAUAAACUAAAGUAUAGAUCCAGCGAGAAGGAUAUGGUUCUCAUGUCGCAUGAGAUUAUCGCCUCUCCUAAAAUACUAGGGGCGAAAUCGGAAAUACAUACCUCCAACCUGAUCGUGCUGGGUGAUGAUCGUGCGUCGGCGAUGGCGAGAACGGUUGGAUUACCUGUGGCCUUUGCAGCGUUGAGAGUUAUUGACGACCAGGUGGCGGUAAGAGGUGUUGUCGGUCCCGGACACGAGAGUAUCUAUAGGCCGAUACUGUCAGAGUUGGAGCGUGUUGGGCUUGGAAUGCAGGAAUCGAUGAGGGUCGCCGAGGUCGGAGGACAACCUCCAAUUGAGAAGGUGUUAGUCCCUGGGGCAUUCUGA